CUGCAGUCCAGUGUGAGGCAAGAUGGCGACGCAGGCGGCAGCAGCACUCCUGGAUGAGCUUAUGGGAAGGACCAGGAAUGUUUUACCGCAGGAACGACAACAGAAAAUCAGCUGGGACUCUCCUGAGGUUUGCCGUCAUUUUUUGGUUAAAUUCUGCCCUCAUGAUCUCUUCACAAACACAAAGUCUGACCUUGGCCCUUGUGAAAAGACCAUUCACGAUGAAGAGUUGAAGAGGGAGUUUGAUCUCUCCAACUCUUACCGCCGCACUGCCUUUGAGGACGAGUUUGUGAGGUAUGCCGAGUCCAUGCUGACAGAUGUGGAUAAGCGGAUAAGGAAAGGGAAGCAGCGUCUCGCACUCUCGGUCAAAGAUGCAUUGGAGAGCAGUACUACAGGGGAUGGUCGGGUGGAUGAACAGCUGGAGUUGCUUUCAGAAAGGAUAACAGGUUUGGUGAGUGAAGCAGAGCGUCUUGGCUCAGAAGGCAAUGUGGAGGAGGCCCAGGGACUGCUCAAGCUCUGUGAUCAGCUCAGGGAAGAGCGAGAUGCCCUCCGCCGCAGCAGUGAAAAUUCUGUGUGGCACCAAGCGGCAGAGAUGGCAGCGUCACAGGAGAAGCAGAUGGAGGUUUGUGAGGUGUGUGGUGCCUUUCUUAUAGUGGGGGAUGCUCAACAGCGUAUUGAUGACCAUCUCACUGGCAAGCAGCACGUGGGUUUUGCCAAGCUGCGUCAGGCCAUCCAGGAGAUCAGAGACAGCCGGGAGAAGGCCAGAACAGAACGGGAGGAGCUGCGGGAGAAAGAACGGCAAGAGAGACGCAAAGCCCUGCUGGAGGAAGAGAAGAGAAGGGAGCGGGAAAGAGAAGACCGCCGGAAGAAGGAGGAGGAGAGGCGGAGGAGAAGUUAUGAAAGUGACCGAGACAGGAGAGAUCGGAGCCGAGACAGAGAUCGAGACCGGGACAGAAGAGAACGUCGACGGUCACGCAGCAGGGACCGCCGCAGUUCGAGCAGUCGUGACCGAGGUGACCGCAGCUACCGCUCUCGAGAAAAUGAUCGGCGGGACAGACAUGGGCGAUCAAAUAGCAGAGAUUAUGAGCGCAGAAGAUAUCGGGAGGAGAAUGGUAGUUAUUAGGACUCUUAGGGAGCUCUCUGGCAGUGGUGAGGACAGGACGAGGGACGGGUCCAAAGGCGCCAGUGCAAGACGGGGCAGAGAAGUGGACGAGAUGGGAGGGGCAUUGUGAAGCUUUAAGCAGUGAGUGAUCUCCACUUGAGGAACCAGCUGGCAAGUCACCCAAGACUCACCACCACCACAACCACCACCCCCUCACCUCACCGUCAUGCCUAGCUGGGUCAACAGGGGAAGGAGUCCACUCCCACUUCAACAUGGGAUGCUGCAGCGAAUGUGGGACCCAUCACCACCACUUUAUGUAGCCAGGUGACCCCUCCUUUUCUGCCCCCAACUUUCCUGUCCCCCCAAGGCCUCUCCCAUGCCCAGCCCUCAUGACUUGCCUGAGAGCUAUUCAUAGGUUUAUGUUCUUUAUUUUGUGAUUCACCUUUUGCUUUAGGUUUUCAUGUAAUUUUUAGUAUAUUUAAAAUUCGAAUGUCAUUAUUACUGUCAUUGUUUUGCAGUUACUACAGUAACAAUGGCUUUCACCCAAUAAACACAUGUAUGGUUUGGAAACUUUUGAAAACAAGUAUUUUAACUAUUGGACCUAGUGAUAACCUCUUCAGAGUUGUGAUGCUGUAAUGAGGAAGUUCGUUGGUUGUCCGGUCACAUUCCUUCAAUUUUCUCCACAAUAGUAAGGUGAGAUCAUGUCAAUUAUGUCAAUAAAUGUGCAUUAUCUUAA